AUGUUACAAUUAUUAUAUCUAUUAGUAUCGCAUCCACUAAUUAGAUUGACUGCUAUUUUAUUAUUAAGUUUGUAUUCAAUUUACAGAUAUUAUCAAUCAAAAUGUAAUUAUUGGGAGAAACAGGGCGUCCAGACAGCAUCGGUAGGCCUAUGGACUCGGCUAACAAAACCGGGACACAAAUGGGAACAGGAUCUGUACCGUCGAUACGGCAAAUGUUUCGGUAUCUAUGAGCUGACACAACCGGUACUCUAUCUGUCGGAUCCGGUAUUGAUUCGCGACGUUUUGGUCAAAGAUUUUCAUAGUUUUGUAGACAGACGGAUAGUUGGCACCGGUACUGAUCCAGUGCUCGACAAUAUGGUCGGCAAUCUUCACGGCGACCAAUGGAAAAGAGUCCGAUCACUGAUGACGCCGUCAUUCAGUAGCGGAAAAAUCAGACAAAUGUUGCCAUUGAUUGGCGAAUGUUUGCAAACAAUGGACAAAAAUCUACGGUCAGUGUCCACCGCCGUCGCCGCCAAUACUACCGACGGGUCAUCACUACUACUACAGGAGGGGUCGGAUAUGAAACGAUUGUUCGGCGCCUACAGUAUGGAAGUCAUCAUUCAGAUUGCUUUCGGUACGAAAGUCGACGCCCUGUUCGAUGAGGACAACCCUAUCAUCAGGAAUGUUAGGAAAUUUUUUUCAGGUUAUCUCAAUCUGCGAUUAUUGGCCUUAUUUUUCAUGCCAUCGGUAGUCCAGUGGAUAAAAAUGAAAAUUUUUGACCUAAAAGUUACCCAAUUUUUCCGAGAUUUUAUUUUGAAGAUCAUUGAAGACCGUAGUAGUAGUAGUCGUCGACAACAACAACAACAACGGGAUCUGAAAACUGGUGAUAAUAUUAUCAAAAAACGGGUCGACUUUUUGCAGCUAAUGUUGGACUCGAUAUCAACGGAUACAACCGAUAAUAAAGAUAUUAUUACCGAUAAAGUGGACAUUACUGACAGCUCAGACAUCAAUAGUCAGGAAAAAUAUAGACAGUUGUCGUCGACAUCGAUGAAGACAUCUGUAAAAAGUUUAUCAAUUGAUGAACUAAUCUCUCAAUGCGUACUGUUUUUUGUUGCCGGCUAUGAGACAACUGCCACAGUAUUGUCGAUAACUACCCAUUUGUUGGCCAAGAAUCCCGUAGUCCAGGAAAAACUAUACAAUGAAAUCAAUGAGUAUUUCAAACAUAAUGGACAGAAACACAUCGAUGAUGAUGAUGACGAUAAUGACGACCAUUAUUUCAAACAUAACAGUCAGAAAGACGUCGACUACGAUCUACUAUUUUCAUUGAAAUACUUGGACGCAGUUAUUAUGGAAUCGAUGAGACUAUAUCCGGCCGUACCGUUUCUGGAGAGACAGGCUAGCGAUGAUUAUACACUGGGCAGCACUGGUAUCCAAAUACGUAAGGGUCAAAUGGUUCGCAUACCUAUCUAUGCCAUGCAUCACGAUGAGGCCAACUUUCCUGGAGCCGACCAGUUCCGACCCGAACGAUUUCUGGCGGCCAAUAAUAAUGUCCAUCACAAACAACACGAUCCGUAUGUCUACUUGCCGUUUGGUGCCGGACCUCGUAAUUGUUUGGGUAUGCGAUUGGCCCAAAUUGAAGCCAAACUGGCACUGGCCUAUGCCGUCAAUAAGUACCGGUUCAUCGACAUAGGGAAACCCAUUGAAAUUGUGGACAGUUUUAUUAUAAUGACACCCAAAAAGGUUAUGGUUAGAGUUGAGAAACGGUAG